GCUGCUUUGUUGACGUAGAGAGUUGUCAAUCGAGAUUUUUUGUUUUAAACAGAAACACUUAGCAAAAAGUGAGUAGUGUGUUCUGUACAGUUUAUAAAUCAUCGUUAAACGGUUUAACCAAAUAGCAAAACGAACAAAUAAAAAUGCUCAUCAAAGUGAAGACGUUGACCGGCAAAGAAAUUGAAAUAGACAUCGAACCGACAGAUAAAGUGGAACGGAUAAAAGAGCGGGUCGAGGAGAAGGAGGGAAUACCGCCGCAGCAACAACGUUUAAUCUUCUCCGGCAAACAAAUGAACGAUGAAAAAACCGCUCAGGAUUAUAAAGUGCAGGGAGGCUCAGUUCUUCAUUUAGUUUUGGCCCUGCGUGGUGGGUUUGACCAGUGAUUAAUUUGAUUGUGAAACUAUUAAUUCAUUAAAUUAUCCGCUUUGUAAUUUUUAAGUAAUAAAAUGUAAUUGUAAUAAAUUAA